GGAUGUGAUGUCGGCAGGCGGUGUGUGUAGCUGUGUGUGUCCGCCAUGCUGAGGCUGGAUUCAAACGAUGAUGACGUGUCAUUAUUUGAUGCGGAAGAAGAUUCAGCCAGAAAUUCUCGAAAAUCAAAAAUCAAGCACCCCGUGGCCUCGUUCUUCCACCUGUUUUUCCGGGUGAGUGCGAUCCUGGUCUAUCUGCUGUGUGAGCUGCUCAGCAGCAGCUUCAUCGCCUGCAUGGUCACCAUCAUCCUCCUCCUGUCCUGUGACUUCUGGACGGUGAAGAACAUCACAGGCCGUCUGCUGGUGGGUCUGCGCUGGUGGAACCAGGUGGAUGAGGAUGGGAACAGCCGCUGGGUGUUUGAGUCCAGAAAGGGCCACGCCCAGCAGCUCCCAGCGUCUCUCCCGUCUGAUUCUGAGGCUCGGAUCUUCUGGCUGGGGCUGAUCAUCUGCCCUGUGCUGUGGGUCAUCUUCACCUUCACCGCCCUCUUCUCCUUCAAGAUCAAAUGGCUGGCGGUGGUGAUUAUGGGCGUGGUCCUACAGGGAGCUAACCUCUAUGGGUACGUUCGCUGUAAAGUGGGCACCAGGACUAAUCUGAAGAACAUGGCCACCAGCUACUUCGGAAAGCAGUUUCUCAAACAGGCUCUGAGCAAACAGGAGGAGUCCUGAAGAGGAGCUGCUGAAAGUAUUCCAGCAUUUUUGUAAUAUUCCUCUAAUUUUAUAAACAGUGUUUUGAGUUAUUGGACAUUUCUGAAGCUAACAGAAGCACGUCACCGUCUCUGCUCCACAAGGCAGAUGCUGAGCUACAGUAUUUCAAACAGACACUUUACGCUUAUUACGUUAUGUAUUUUUUACGAAAUAUUUGUGAGUUGAAUUUUCUCUAAUUUAUUUACUAUGAAUUCAUGCUCUCAGACUGUGUGAAGAUUUUGGACUUUUAUGUUCAUCUUGCUCUUGUAAACUAUGAGGGAUUGUAGAAUGAAGUCUCUGUGAAAACCCCAAACGCUGAUCAGGGAAUACAGGACGUAGGGCAGAGCGCGGCCCAAGGUAACGCUGUAAAAUGCAGCACGUGUAUCUCAUGUAGUUAAACAGGUUCUAGUAGAACAAGAUUUUGGUCAUCCUGUCGUGUUCCCAUAGCAACAUCAUCUGGGAAUUUUGACAGUGGUCAGACAGAUGUUUCUCCAGAUUCACCCUGAAGUUUUUGUACCAUAAAAGUAAAAUUUUCAUUGUAAGUGUUUUCAUUACUGUGUCCUCCCAGAAUCACAGAAUUCGCUUCAAUGUUACUCUCAUCUCCCCCUGGUGGCUGUAAUAGGUCACUGCAGAUAAAGAGCUCACAGUGAGAUCCAGCCAGGCUAAAGUGAAGCCUCCACCCGGCAGGGUUAGUUUAACACACUGAUCCAGCUAAGACCCCCAGAGUAAACAAUCAGAGAACUUCAUAUCCCCCCACAUACAUUCAAAACAUUUUUUGAACAUGUUAUGCACAGAUAAAUCAGAAACAUACUAAAGAUUAAUAUAGUUUUAAAUAUUUUAGUUUGGAAAGCUUGUAUGGUUUAAACAACACAGAGUUGUAUUCAGUUAAUUGUACGACGAUGUUUUAGGGCCACUGUUAAAAUGAUAGACUUUGAGAACAAAGUCAUAAAGUUACAAAAAUAAACACACAAUAUUUGGAGGAGAAAGUGGGCUAACUGUAGGGGGCUAACUGUAGGGGGGCUGCCAUAACGCGUUGGGGUCUCGGUUGCUGUACUGGCGCCGGAGCUCCACUCACUCCUGUCUCUCUGCGGAUCAUUUUGAUCAUCGUUCUCACUGUCUGUGAAACUUCAUGCCCUCUUUGAAUGGGGGGAGAUGUAGCCCCCGAUAGCCGUGUAGACGACCCUGCCUGAGGUUCUCCUUCAACAACAGACAGACAGUUUCCUCUGAGUCCGUCUGGCUCUUUAUUCUAGAUAAACACAGUUUCCUGCUCAGCCGUUUCAGCCGGUUCUUAUCCUAAUAACAGGCUGGUGCUGAUGUGCAGGAGAGACAGGGAGACUGAGUGUUUCUUUAUGGGUGAAUCGAUAUGAAAGAAACUCCACCGACUCACUGCCCCUCAUUUAUCACGAGGAGGUGCUGCUUCCCUUCGCAAAGCCUUUGGACACAAUAUUGUGACCUUUCCCGGUAUUAAUGCCACUUUAUUCUCGCGAUUCUACAAACUUUAUUCUCGAAAUAUUAUUAAUUUCAAAAUAUUAUGAUUUUAUUCUCAAAAUGUUGCGACUUUUUUCUUGAAAUAUUACAACUUUUUUUAUAUUAUGAUCUUAUUCUAGAAAUAUUGCAACUUUUCGAAAUAUGACUUCUUUUUCCAAAAUAUGAUUUUUUUUUAGAAAUAUUACAAUUGUAUUCUUGAAAUACGACUUUAUUCUCAAAGUACAUUAUUAUUUUAAUUUUUUUUAAAGUGGCCCUAAAACGCCAUUGUAUAAUUGUGUUUUGUGUUCAUCAGACUUUAGGAAGGUUUUACCAUCUGCAGUCAGUCUGCUUUUGGCGUAAUUGUUCGUAUUUAUUCAUAGGUCAUUUUCUGGAAUUAGGCACAGAUUAAUCAGAGACGUGCUGAAGAUAUUGUGUAAAAAAAAUAUACACUCUUAAAAAGAUGGUUCUUUAAGGGUUCUUUAGUAAAGACAACGGGCCUCAUUCACAAACUGUUCUUAAGAAGAAGUUUCUUCUUGAAACCCACUUUACGCAGUUUCCAUGAAGAUUCUGACUCACCGAUGUUCUCUUAUGUGGGAUUUGUUUCUUAAAUAAGAACAGAAUCUACUCACACUCAAGAGCACAAAGCUGAGAACAGUUCUGCGUUUUAGGAACACGUCAUGAAUCUGACGUUGACUUUUUCCUAGGAUCUUUCUCAAGAACACACUUAAGAACAAACUUAGAAAGAUACUGGAGAAUGAGGCCCAAUGGUUCUAUAUAGAACCAAAAACACUCAGAGAGCUGUUUGCAUGAUUAAAUGGUUCUGUGUUUGGUGAAAUGGUUCUUCAGACUGAUGGAGAAUGUGUUGUAUAUAAAUAUAUAGUUCUAUAUGUUUUGUUAUGAAUAUAUAGAAACAGCCUUUUCACAGGACUCUUCAUUCAGCAAUCCUUCUUGGUUUAUUAUGGUCAUAUAGACACAUCUUAAAGGGGAAUUCCACCAAUUUUUCAAAAUUUUCAUUUCUGCAUCAUUGAGUGAGAUGUAAACAGAGUGACUCAGAGUGGUUUGGUGUGAAAUGGUUCAGAUGUCUUUACAGUGGUGGUGAUAGGAACCAGGGGUCGCCAUGACUACAACACAAAUAUAGACAUUUUAUUUACUAUCCAGAACCACCAGUGAACCUGCACGAGUCUUCUGAGUUUAUAUGGAAUGUUGAUGAUGGGAAAAACAGGUUUUCUUUGGGGACUAUUUUGCCUCACAGUGUCCUGCAUGUGUCCCUCCACCACGAAUGGAUUUUUAAGACAGACAUCAGGCAGUGAAUUCAUAACCAUUUCAUGUAGUAACUUUCUGUGAGGGAGCUUUUAGAGGUGGACGUCUGGUUCCUAUCACCACCACUGUGAACAGCUCUGACUCGGUAAGUUUCUCUAGAACAGACCGUUUCACCCCAAACCACUCUGAACGACUCUGUUUACAUCUCAACCAUUUAAUUAUGUAGAAAUUCUGGAAAAUCUGUGAAAUUAUCCUUUAAGUACUCCAGAUAUUUAUCUUAUGUUUUGCUUUAGACUAAAGACGAUGUAACUGGCUUGUGUGUCUUUGCACUGAUGUCUUGUUUCUGACAUUUGCAGAUGUGUAAACAUGUACAUACCUGUGUAAAUGAAACCAUGUAAAAUAUUUUUUGUGGAACUAUGAAUAGAAAGUUUCUCAGAACGUUGAUGUAGAAGCUGUUGUGGUGUUUAAAAUAAACAAACUUUUGAAGAUUU